AUGGUGAACAAGCAGGGGCAGACGCGCCUGGCCAAGUACUUUGACGAUUUCUUGGCGGUGGAAGAGCGGCGCGUGCUGGAGGGCGAGAUCGUGCGCAAAUGCCUCGCGAGGAGCGACAAACAGUGUUCUUUUGUGGAGCACCGCAACUACAAGGUGGUUUACCGGCGGUAUGCUUCUCUCUUUCUGUUGGCCGGAGUAGAUGGUGAUGAGAAUGAGCUGGCCGUCCUGGAGUUCAUCCAUUGCGUAGUGGAGAUCCUGGAUAAGCACUUCGCCCAUGUCUGCGAGCUGGACAUCAUGUACAACUUGGACAUUGUGCACUACAUCCUUGACGAGAUGCUGAUGAAUGGGUGCGUCGUGGACAUAAACCACCAAAAUGUUUUGGCUCCCAUCAAGUUGCUGGAAAGGGUGGCGAAGGACUCAUGA